UUGAAUAGCAGUAAAUAUAUUUUCAUCAUGACUGGUCGUGGAAAGGGAGGAAAAGGAUUGGGUAAAGGAGGUGCGAAGAGACAUAGAAAAGUACUUCGUGAUAACAUCCAGGGUAUUACCAAGCCUGCUAUUCGACGAUUGGCAAGACGUGGAGGUGUGAAGAGAAUCUCUGGCUUGAUUUAUGAAGAAACUCGAGGUGUUCUUAAGGUAUUCCUUGAAAACGUGAUCCGUGAUGCUGUUACCUAUACAGAGCAUGCGAAAAGAAAAACUGUAACCGCAAUGGAUGUGGUCUAUGCUCUGAAACGUCAAGGAAGAACUCUUUACGGAUUUGGCGGUUAAAUUUUACCAACAAAUUCCAAAACAAUCGGCUCUUUUCAGAGCCACAAAUUAUUAAACGUAAGAACAAUCUCUGCGUUCAAAUAUCGAUUUUAAGCAACUAA